ACGGCAUGCCCCGGCGUCAUCAGGUUCGCAUGGCCUGCCAGCGCUGCAGGAGGAAAAGAGCCAAGUGUGACGGUGAGGACCCCUGCGAGAGGUGCACGGAGACAGGCUUCGAGUGCACUUUCGAUCACUCCCGACGGGAGUCCAAGGACGACUUGCGCGCCGAGAUAGGGCGGCUGCGGCGUAUCAUCGAGCGGAGCGACGCGCUUCUCGAUGCCCUAUCCUCCAUGGACGAUGCCUCGGCGUACCAGAUGGUGGUACAGGGCCUCAUGGACGGCACCGUCACGCGCCAGUCCAUCUUUGACGACCUUCCCGGCCACCUGAAAAUCGCCGGAGCGCCUGAGCCCAGUGGUCCCCCCCGGGCUGUCGCGUCGUCUCUCCGUUGCGACUCAAAGGACACUUCUUCUGUAGGGGGCUCCAGCACCGAUGCUCGGUCAACGAUGUGCCCGCGCUGUCGCUGUGCGCUGUCGGUCACUUCGACGGUGGCCGAUAGCGACGAAUUUUCUGAGAGGAUAAGCGAGCAUCAUGCUUCGGCCGACGCGCAGUCCGAAUCUAACUGGCUCGCGACGCCGAGUUCCACUGCCGGCUCAGUUCUCUCGCUGCCGUCUCUAUCUAGAGAAGAAAAGAUGCAGCGGACUGACCCCUGGACGCGCACUGGCUGGUCGGCCGCGAAGAUCAAGGACCACCUUGAGGUACUCCUGACGUGGGACUACCUGCCCUUCUGCCUCCUACGCCAAGAUAUCUUUCUACAGGAUUUCAUCAGCGGAGACGGGCGUUACUGCUCCCCGGCGCUCGUCAAUUCACUCCUCGCCCUAUCGACACGGAUCGUAGGCGAGCAAACUCCUUAUGGACAGCAGCAGCAGCAGCAGCAGCAGCAAGAAGGCUACCUUGCCAAUACGGUCGAUAGCGGAUCUCGCUCCUCUGGCUGGUCUGAUGGUCAGGCCUUGUUCGACGAGGCCGAGGCCCUAGUCAGCGGCCAAGGGCAGCCGAACCGGCUCCCGGACAUCCAAGCCUUAGGCAUGCUGGCCUUAUAUCAAGUCAGUCGCGGUCGCGAAGCCGAGGCGAGAGAGCUUGCUGAGGCGUUCGCGGUCGCGAUUACAGAGCUGUGUCUCCGAGAACCGCUCGACGCAGAAGAGCAGGACGGCCAGUUCGCACUGGUACGGGCGACGACAUACUGCGGCGCCAUCUCGCUUGUCCGGAUACUCAAGCUCAUGACAUCCCAGCCUUCUGGGAUGCGUGCUGCAAUGAUGGUUGCCGAUGGUGUCGCCCUCGACCAGCCGCCGCCCUGCGCCAACGGCUCCAACGAGCCGCCCGUCAUCUCGGUUGAACCACGUACUCUAGCCGGCGAGCACAGGUCUCAGCUGAGCAGCCUGCAGCUCAUCCCAGCCAAGAUUUUUCAGCUCACGGAGUGGGUGUAUACGAUUCUUGCGUCGUCACCUACGGCCACGGAAGACGAGGUGGUGCUCGUAUACCAUCAGUGCCUGAACUGGUACGAGAGUUUCUUCGCGCUCCAGACGGACGGGAGCAACUCGCCGUUUGUGCUUUUUAUCCACAUGUAUUACCAAUUCUGCUUGCUCUCCCUCUUCAGGCCCCGUGUUGGCAAGCCCAUCGAGGGACUGGGUGUGCAUCCGCGCGAGAUUUGUCUCCAGGCUGCGCAGUCGAUCCUCGGGCUCUUACAGUCGUACGCCGGGCUGUUCGGCCUGCACCGGGUGGCUCCGCUGGUGCAGUACUUUGUGUGCGCGUCGGCGUCACUUAGCCUCGCCAUUGAAGAGGCCGGAUAGGCGCUGUACCUAUUGCUCACCCCUUUGAUCACGACGACGGGAUCGCGGUCAAAACAGCCGAGCCAUCAGAGGGCGCGAUCAAGCCGGAGCCUGGUGACGACCCGAUGGACGUUGAAACGCACCGCGGCCACGAUUCAAGCGGCGAACAGGACGACUGGCGAUCGUCGCGUGCUUGAGCCAUGUAUUUAGCAUGUCAAAAUCAAGUGGAACAGAGUCUGUAGGCAUCAUUCCUCCCGUAUAGUCACCGCACAGCAUAGAUUACGAG